AUGUAUGUGUGUUCUAAGUGUGUUGUUCGUUUAUCGAUUGCGACGUACCCCUAUGUUAAAUCCUCUGUGACAAAUAAGCGUUUAUGGAUGACAAAACGUUUGUUAUCCUUCGGUAUUCAUAGUCCAAUUAAAAGUUUAUUGUUGUUGAAUAAUAACAAUCAUGUUGCUAACAUUUUGGCUGUUUUCUCGUUUUCACGAACAAUUCAUUCAUCGUCGAUAAGACAUAAAAAAGAUUAUUAUGAAGUAUUAGGAAUACCAAAAUCAUCUACAGCAAAAGAAAUUAAAAAAGCUUACUAUCAAUUAGCUAAACAAUAUCAUCCAGAUACAACCAAAAAUACUCAAGACCCGAAUAUACCAAAAAAAUUUCAGGAAGUGUCUGAAGCCUAUGAGGUACUAAGUGAUGAGAAUAAACGGAAACAAUAUGAUAUGUAUGGCAUGGGCAGUGAUCCAUUUGGAAAUUCAGCACCUCCACCACGAAGUGGUCCAUCACCUGGAUCUGAUCCAGGUCAAAAUUUCAGAGGCUAUGAAUAUUACCAAAGUGAAGUUGAUCCAGAGGAAUUAUUUAGGAAAAUUUUUGGCGAAGCAUUCAGUCGCGGAGGUUUUGGUAAUCAUGAAUGGAUGAAUGAGCCCGAUGAAAAUAUCUACGGCAAACAAGGCACAACUCAACUUGUCUUGGAUUUAACAUUUCAAGAAGCUGUACGCGGUUGUAACAAAGAAGUUAAUUUGAAAAUAGUUGAUGUAUGCAGUGUAUGUAAGGGUACGCGAUGUGCAUCUGGCUAUCAACCACAAAAAUGUCGUACAUGCAAUGGAACAGGAAUGGAAACAAUCCAAACUGGACCGUUUUUUAUGCGAUCAACGUGUCGUACUUGUCAUGGAAGACGAGAAACAAUACCAAAACCAUGUUAUGAAUGUAGUGGAAAAGGAAAAACAAUACAAAAAAAAGUAACAUCAAUUCCAAUACCAGCAGGUGUGGAAGAAGGACAAACAAUGAGACUAAAUUUAGGCGUACAAGAAGUAUUUAUUACGUUCAGAGUAAAAGCCAGUGAAAAAUUUCGACGAGACAAGGAAGAUAUUCAUAGUGAAAUUAACUUAUCUAUAGCGCAAUGCGUACUCGGUGGAGCAAUUAAAGUACCAGGGAUUUACGAAGAUCAUCUUCUACAAAUACCUGCUGGAACUCAAUCUCAUCAACGUUUUCGACUAAUUGGCAAAGGAAUUAAGCGUAUUCAUAGUCCAGGAACAGGCGAUCAUUAUGUUCAUGUCAAAGUAAAAGUACCAGUACGACUAUCACCAGAACAAAAAGCGCUAAUGCUUGCGUACGCCGAAAUUGAUAAAGACGUUGAAGGAACAGUGAAUGGUUUAACGCAAACUAAAACAGGUUCCAAAAAAGUGGCUAAUAGUAUUGACGAAAAAGAAACAGAUACACAACCAAGAGAGACACGAAAGAAAACAGAACAGAAACCUGGUUAA